ACACAUGUCCGUGUCUCCCUCUUCUGUCUGUCUUCCCCUUUUCCCACCUAUGGGAACCUUCUGCCUCCUCACUCCAAGGAAUGCCUUCUUAUUGGGGAGAAGUACAGGGUGCAGGGGCUAGAGCUCGUGGAAGUGAGGGGGCAGACCUUCCUCCUCGCACCUUUGAGUUUCUGCUGGGGUGGGAGCUAAACAGCUGUCCUCUUGGGCUAUUAAAAUUCUCUGCCUUUUUAGGUUUUUUCUGAAAUGGAGAUAGAUGGGUGGGAGGAAAAUUUUUGAAGACGUCCAGAUUCUCAAAGCAUGCGCUGUCUACCUUGAGGGUGUGAAAUGAGGCAGGUGCGAGGGAGCCAGGGCUAGAGGGGCACCUUGUUGGCCUCCAGGAUGGAUGCUUUGGUCCCCCUCUAGAUUGGCUCAGAGUGGUGCGUUCCUACCUCAUCUCCCCAAGUUACGAGGGACCAAUUAGGAGCUCUGUGCAGAGUGAAGGAAGCCAAGUUUAUGUUGUGGCUUUCAUUUAGGGAAUGAGUCGUGAUGUGAUGUAUAGAUACUUCCAAGUGCUUGAUUAAUGGAAGCGGCUGGAUGAAGUAUAUAGUGGACAUAGGCUUGGUUAACCCUGAGUCCUGGCAUUUAUGUGUGUCUCUUACCUUUCACAGUAAUCAAGAUGAUUACCAACUGGUUCGAAAACUUGGUCGGGGAAAGUAUAGUGAAGUAUUUGAGGCCAUUAACAUCACCAACAAUGAGAGAGUGGUUGUAAAAAUUCUCAAGCCAGUGAAGAAAAAGAAGAUAAAACGAGAGGUUAAGAUUCUGGAGAACCUUCGUGGUGGAACAAAUAUCAUUAAGCUGAUUGACACUGUAAAGGACCCUGUGUCAAAGACACCAGCUUUGGUAUUUGAAUAUAUCAAUAAUACAGAUUUUAAGCAACUCUACCAGAUCCUGACAGACUUUGAUAUCCGGUUUUAUAUGUAUGAACUACUUAAACUGCGACUGAUAGAUUGGGGCCUGGCUGAGUUCUAUCAUCCUGCUCAGGAGUACAAUGUCCGUGUAGCCUCACGGUACUUCAAGGGACCCGAGCUCCUUGUGGACUAUCAGAUGUAUGAUUAUAGCUUGGACAUGUGGAGUUUGGGCUGUAUGUUAGCGAGCAUGAUCUUUCGAAAGGAGCCCUUCUUCCACGGACAGGACAACUAUGACCAGCUUGUUCGCAUUGCCAAGGUUCUGGGUACAGAUGAGCUGUAUGGGUAUCUGAAGAAGUAUCACAUAGACCUUGAUCCACACUUCAACGAUAUCCUGGGACAACACUCACGGAAACGCUGGGAAAACUUUAUCCAUAGUGAGAACAGACACCUUGUCAGCCCGGAGGCCCUCGAUCUUCUGGACAAACUUCUGCGAUAUGACCAUCAACAGAGACUGACUGCCAAAGAGGCCAUGGAGCACCCGUACUUCUACCCUGUGGUGAAGGAGCAGUCACAGCCUUGUGCAGAUAACGCCGUGCUCUCUAGUGGUCUCUCGGCAGCACGAUGAAGACGGGAGAGCCAUGGGUAAUGCGGCAUUGAUGCUUGCCAAUAAAACCAACCAACCAAACACAAACCUUGAAGGAAAACUACAGUGUGAUAAAAAGAAAUUCUAAUCAUUCCUUCUAAAUUCAGAGAAGAGAGUAAAGACCUAAAAGUCAAAACGAAAGAAAGACAGAAACUCCCCAGUCUAGUCUCCAGGGAGCUGCCAUGGUGCAGCGUGAGGAUGCACAUAGUUCAGGAUCUGAGGGAACUCUCCCUUUGGAAUGCAUGGGAGAUGAGAGACUCGGAGUUGGUGUCCAUUUACCUUUAUUUAAUAGGAGGCCACUGUUGAAUUAACCCAUUCAGUCCACAAGCUCUGAAUAUCUGACUUCCUAUCUAUUCCAUUGUGGUCUGGGUUUCCUUUGGUGAGAUUCAGGCUUGACGUCAGCAGUCUAUACUGACACACCAGCCUCAUUUAUGAAAAGGAGAUAUUAAAACAGUGACAGUAUUUCUUUUUUUUUUUUAAGCUCUUUUACAAAUUCAUGUUUUAUGUAUUUUUUUUUAUGAUAUGAGCUCUCCAGGAAAUGUACCUCAUCCUUGCAGUCUCUCUCUAAGUGGAUUCAUUUGGGAGCAAACUGCAAUCACUUUCUCAAAAGAAUCCUCUCUGAUGUCAAGUGGCAUCACUUUAGACCUUGGGUGCCACAGACAGGUCCAUCACUCUCAUCAAAAGAUAGAUGCUAAGCGUCUAACUUGGAGCUCACUGUAACCUUGUUGAUUUGCCUAAUGAUAAAAUCUUGUUGCUCUUUUUUUGUUUAGCUUUUUUUUUUUAGCAGCCUUAUAAGGAAGACUCACCAUUUUCUGUACAUCCCUGUGCACACCUGUCUGAAACAAAGACUUUCUGUUCACAACCAUAACUAAAGCUGGAGAGUCAGUCUUCUGGCAGGCUGGGGAGGGAGAAGAAAGUCCUAUUAGAGUUUAUUCAAGAAAGACUUAUUGGGUGAGAGAAAUGCAGUCCUCCCUUUUCUCCCCUUUUAUCCCCAUGAGAGAAAUGAGUUCCCACUAUAAUCAGGGUCAUGCAUUUUUAAGCUCCGUUAUGUUAUACAUGAAUGUGAUGGAAAAGAUAAGUCUUUUUCACAUGCAGGUACUGGAGUUGUGUGGGCCAGGCCACCCAGUAACCCAAGCAACUGAAAGGAAAGGAAUAUACAAGGAGUUUGGGUGAAGUGGAGCUGUUGGAGCAAGUAUUAAAGCUUUGGAUCCAUUGUGCUAACCUGCACAUUAGCAAAGGAAGCUAGAUUUUAUUUAACAAAAAGGGCUGAUUUCAUUUUGGGGACUUGUCACAAACAUGGUUGCAGGUAGUCAGUCUGUUUACCCCAGCUGCUGCCCCUGGGAGUCCCAGCUGCAGAGUCUUGCUAUAGCUUGGGGACUUCACACACCUAGGUUAGAGCUAGAGGUGUCUACCACCACAUCACACUAUAGGAUUUCUUUAUUAACUAUUUACUAAUGCCAUACAUUUUUAUAAGAUUAGAUUAUUUGUUUGAAACAUCUGUUUACAUUCCAUAUUCCACUAAAAUCGUAUUGGUAUUGGUAGCAGGUCCUAUCGGUAAAUGUAGAUUCUAUUUUUGUCAUUUGGUCUGUGGGAACUAAAAAGCAGAUAAAACUCUUCUCUUAUAGAGUUGAGUUUACAGAUUAAAAAAUAAAAUAAGAUCCCAAAGUCAGGAAAUGCAUUCAGUUAAGGUUCUCAUAACAAUCCUGCCUGCCUACAUUGCACGUUCUGUAUUUUAACAUACAUUUUUUUCUACCUGAAAAUCAAAAACAAGACAUAGAUCUUGGCUGAACCUCUAUCAGUGUGUCAGGCAGCAAAACUCAGUGUUCUGGAUUAUCAAAAGCCUUCUAAUGUGCCCUUAUAGGUACUACUGAACCGUUGGUUAUUAUCAGGGAGAUGUGCCACUGUGUGUCUUUCCUGCCUCCCUACCUCUCAUCUCCCUCCUCACCCACUCCCCGCCCAGCCCCACUUUUUUUUUUAAGUUGCCUGUCUAGACCAGGCAAGAGGAGCCUAUUGGAGAAUCCGGUGAAGCAGUAAUCCCAUCUCUCUCCCUUGGUUCCCCCAGAGGCAAUAAAAGCAUCUGAUGGAGAAGAGUCAGCUGGUCCACCUUUGCUUCUCUAUGCUGUGAUCUUGAUUUAGUGUAAACAGCUAACAUGCUUGUCCUCGGGUUCUGUAACUGCAGCUGGGACGUAGGAGUCAUUCUUCCUUUUAUGCAUACAGUUUACUUUCCAGCACCUGUGCUUUUUACCACUGCUCAUGCCUGAGACUUGCAGCAUAGCUGGGUAUGAGAGGCUCACUCCCUUCUGAGUCUGAUCUUGACACCUGGACUUGCUGGCUAUCCAACUCUGGCUUUUUCUUUCCCAAACUGAAGUGAGUCUCGUCCAGACCUUCUUUCUUUGACCUGUCUCCAAAACCAUUUUGUGUCCAGAAGGACCUACCACCCCUGAGAGUUUAGAGUAUUUAUCUGGGUGAGGAGGUGGACUUGGAGAGCUCCAAAAGGGGGAUGAGUGUGGGAGAGGGGUGUGUGUGCGGGGGAGGGUCUAUUUAGACUUAAGUAAGCUAUGGUAGAUUGACCCACCCAGUAACCUUUUUAGUUAGCCUAUUAUUUCUUCAACUCAUCUCAGUAAUUUUUUUUUUUUAGACAUUUUGUUUGCUCCAUUACCUUAUAACAGGUUAAAAGUGCCUAUGAUAGGACUUAAUUAUUUCCUAAAGAAAAGCAAAAAAAUGUGGGGAACAGGGUAGUGUUUCACUAUCAUCUCAGGUACUGCCUACGUUCAAGAACAUAGACCCGGUAUGGUGAGAACAGAAGGUUCCUAUGCCAAAACCAGUUCCUGUGUCGUAGUCGAUUGGCCACAAGUGAGCGUAACUGCGAGACUUUGCUUCGGCUGAGAAAUGCCACGGUGAGAGCAGAACUGAUGAAGUGCUAAAUAGUGUCAUCUGUGGCUUGGUUGCAGUUCACCCUCCUCUGGUUCACAUAUGGCCUUGCUCCUCUCCUGUCCCUGUGGUAGGUGGCUGGGGUGGGAGAACCCUUGGAGAGUAUAAUGCAGACCAGGCCUUCCUGGGUCUUCUUCCCAAGGAGAGGUGUGUCGGUGCCAGUCGGUGAGGCACUUAAACAGCAGUCACUCCGCUAGGUCUCCUAACAGACAUUCUGUAGCACAUUAGUACUCAUGGAGGCCCAAAGCAAAUGUAUUCCCUUGCAGAGAAGGAAGAUAAUCUCUGACUGACUGGUUAGAGGGGACAAACAAGAGCUCACAAUCUUUUGGGGCUUGGAAAGAGUGGCUGGGUGAGGCAGCUGUUAGGAAAAGCAACCAGUAAGAAAAACAGUCUAAAGGAGGAGCAUCCCCCAAACCAAACCCAUUGCUGUUGACUCAAUUCCGACUCAUAGUGACACUAUAGAGGAGGAACCCACUGGGGAUAAAAUCAGGAGACAUCAAGUUCAUGUUCUGGAAUGUGCCCUGAGGUGGGCACUGUCCCCGGGAUUGGUUCCAGUGGAACUGAAAGGUGGUGCUGUCCAGUCAGAUGCUGAAUCCCAGAGACAGCUGGAUGCCGUGGGUCUUGAAGCCUGUGCCUACUCAGGGAAAUGACUUAGGUUCUCCCAGGUGCUGCGUUGAUGAGGAUGGAAGCAAACUACUUUGGAAUACGAGCAACAAUUGGAAGAAUUUUUUAUGUAUGCAUUGAAGUAGAUCUAAAAGAGCCCAGUUAAUGGAUUAAUGUAAUGCCAGGUCAGAUUAAACGGUUAGUCAGAAACCUGUGUUGCUCUGUGAGCACCCACAGGAAAAAAUAAACUUCCCUCCUGCAGAUAAAUAGGAGUGACUAAUAGCAGGUCAGAGUCAGUCAUUGAAACUCUUCCAAAAGCAAAAGCAAGGUCCACAUGAGCACCAAAUUAAGCCAAAGUUUGUCAGUGAGCUUAAUAAAUUAAGACUGAAUAAAUGCCCUGCCUUUAAAAACGAACCCCGGGGGUGGGGGGAGGCAGUGGGGAAACAUCUGACCAAGAAAACCAGUAAUAACCUGCUUUUAAGCUAUACAGAUGUGUUGAUGCAAACAACCCCAAUCAGGUAUUAGAGGCUGGGAAAAGUGAUGUCAUGGUGGAAUUAUACAGAUGAUGCAUACUUUUGUGUAGACACUCAACAAUGUGCAACAAAUGUGAUACUUCACCCUGAACUGCAUGUAUUGGGGAUUGUUUUAAAAAAAAGAAAACUUUGAUCAAAUCAAUAAAUUAACAGUUUUUUUACCUGCUGGCUCUUCUUGCUGUAAAUGGUGACUAAGGUUGGGACAGAUACCAUGACACCCAGCUGGAAAGCUUGGAUAAAUCUUCAAGAACCGCGAAGCAGACUAUUCUGUUGGCAGAAAAGCAACACUGCCUGGGUUGUGAUCCUUAAGAAAUGACUACUUCAGACACAAUUGGCCACCUCUCUUUGUUUCCCCAGAUGACUGAUGUAUGGCUUACGUGCUGCUGCCCUUAGAGGAAAGAAAAAUGCCAUGUUAAAUCCUGUUUGCAUAAAUAAAAAUGUUGACAAUAACCAGACUUCCCAAGUGGGAGACCAGCUAUUGCUUUGAGGACCUUAACUUGUGUUUCCUGUCUCCUGGGGGAGGGGAGGGAUAACUCUUGACCUGCAGAGAUGUGUGUAUGGUGGCUUCUGUUAACCACCUUUAGCAAGAAGAGUGGGACUAGAGUGAUGUCAUGAUGGAGAUUGUUCUGUUUCGUGGUACUUCCGCAUUACAUCACUCAGGACACCUGCUGCUUGAGAUUGGCUUGGUUUAUUGCAUGACUAACCUUUGUGGCAGAUAUUCCACAUUUAUGAAGAUCCCCUGACCCCUGUUCCUUGUGACAUAAGUAUGCACGUGUGAGCAUACAUUAUUGUUUGACAAAGGAUGGUGUCUUUAAUGUGCUGCCUUCCCACUGACUGAUCCCUCUGGAACUGGAUGCUUGAAAAUCAGAUGCUGAAGUGCUUAAAGCAAAUAUAGUAAUUUCUUUUGUAACCUUAUGCACCAUAUAGUCUUUCUCAAAUACUAAGUAGAACCCCUCCUUUACCCAAAGAAACCAUCUUUCUCUGUGGUAACUUCCCAGGUAUAAGCAUGCAUUGUCCUUUCAGUGCUAUAGAAGCGUUCUGUGAGACACUGCUGUGAUUCUGCUGCUGGCCUCUCGCCACCCGCUUCCCUAUGCUGGACGUGGAAGGAGAAGCGAGGUUUUCAGGCCAUGCCAGACAGCUAUGUCCAGUGGGAAGUUAAAAACGUUUGAGCUCACUGAUUGAUGUUUGUUAGUAGACUUAGUACUUUUCGCAUGUAAAUUCAAAAUUGUCUUCUGAUUCUUAGUCCUAAGACUUCCUCAGUAAACACAGGGUGAGAUCUGAUGAGGAGCUAGACUGGACUGCUGGACUUGCAGGUCCCACAUCUGCUUCAAGCAUAUUCUGAAGCUCCCAUGAAGCUUGACUUCACAGAAUGGCCAAGAGGCUUCUGUGCUGCUAAGUCUGCACCCUGGACCUGAGGGAAACGGUAGGAGACCAGGCCAUACCACACACGGUGUGUCCAAAGCCUCCGUCACUCACAGAAGGCCUCUAUUAAUGGUGAGCGGAAGAGGAAAGAAGAGGGUACUAUUUGGAACCUAGUAAAAAGGGAGUUCCUGCUAGGUUUCCCACACAGUGGCGUGAGAAAGGCAAGCUUGCGUACUGUUCCCAGCACUCCAUGCAAAGGAAG